CCAAAACUUGAUGACGUCUGUCUGAUCUUGAUUUCGCUGCACCGUAUCUCGGAACUCGGCUACUGUCCUUUUGAAUCCGAGAGCUGUUGAAUCGGCUUCUCCUAUUUUGCUUCAAAACACAAAGCCAUUCAAGUCUCUCCUCGGUGUGGCUACAUUCGCUUGACGGGCAGCCCUGUGUAAUGGCUUCAUUCAUCAAUCUAAGCAGAGGACUUGUGGACAGAAGGAGUUGUCGACUCGUAAUUCGAAGUAACAUGGCUACUUAUGUUGCUACUAUAUAUGCUAGUUACGCCUGAUGUGAGCUCUUAUGAUGAAUUUAGGGCUCCAUAUGGCGAGCUUAUGAUAAUAUAGCCUAAGCUUUGGAUAUAGACCCUAAAUGUUAUCUAACUUUUAUAAGUUUAGUUGUGAAAUAUGUAUAUAUUAUGCAUCUUCGAUAACAGCUGCGGCCAUUAUAUGCAGCAGUUUUGGACUUCCUUCUCCCUUUCCCAAGAUCUCGAACUGCAUGUCGGUCGGAUCGCCCUCAAUUCAACCAACGUCGCCGUAGGCCACCUGCUUUGUCGCCGACAUGGUGAGGUUGGAAGAUGUACGAGCCAUCCAAAGGUGAUGCCGGGCCGAGCAGGCCUUACAAGAACAUCCGAUAUGAGAACGUCGCAGCCGACAUCGAAGCGCUACUCGAGGCCGACAAGAGACACUCGGAGCCAACUCGUCCAGGACAGAGAAAGAAGGCAAACAAACGACCAGGCGCUUACACCAGAGCAAGCACGACUGAACCUGCAUGAAAGAAUGCAGGCCUUUCUGGCAUCCCCUCAACCCUAUCGGCCAACAAGAUUCCGAAUGCCCACGACUCCUGCCAUCCACAAGUUUAUCACUGAGAUCGAACGUAUCCUCGAACAUGAUAUUCCUGCAAGCGAAUGUGACUAUCUUGAUGAGUUCUGUGAGGCUGCCAUGCCGGACAUCAAGUAUUGGGACGAACAUGGAUACCACACCAUCUACGACGAAGAGCGAGAGAACGAGAAGAAGCGCAUGAAAGAGGCUGGCGAGGCAGGGGAAAAAGUCAAAGAAGGGGAUCAGACUGACGAUGCGGUGCCUCCCCGGAACCGGCGUCCAAGAUCUCACAUCUGCAAUCGCUAAAAUCGAAGUAUUCAGUAAGCAUCCUCUACAUUGAUACAAAGUUAAAUUAAGCGCUAACAUUCAUCAGACAAUUCUGAGCCCGCAGAAAGACGAAAGAGGCAUCUCGGUGUCCGUUCCAAAGCUCAUUACAAGAACUUAAACAUUGAUGACAUCAUUGCCCAGUUCGACAGCGUGGAAGAUGGCGAUGAGGAUGGCGACGGAC